GACGCUGAGCAAAAGCAAGCCAACAAUGAAGUCAAACUGUGGCUCGAAAGCGUAGAAAAUGCAGUCUAUGAAGCCGAUGACGUACUGGAUGAGUUUAAUACUGAAGCACAAAUGGUGCCUAGAAAUACAAAGAUGUCAAAAAAGGUACGCACCUUCUUCUCUCACUUACUCAAAUCAGCUUGCUUUUGGGCUAAAAAUAGGAUCAUAAAAUGAAAAAUAGAAUUAAUCUCAGUUUACUAUCAUAAGGUUUCGUGGUUUCAACCUUUGGUACAUGAUUUUUUUUUCAUUACAGAGUCAUACCUCAAAUCUUUAUUUUGGGACAAUCUCAUAUAUCCGUUAAAUUUUCCGUCAAAACCUCUAUUAACUGAUGACGUGGCAUCCAUAUAGAUAAUGAUUGAACAUCAUGCCUUAAUGUAAGGCUAUGUGAACAAUAAAAGUUAAAAAAAUAAAAACUUAAAAACUUUAAAUUUUAAAAGUUUAAAAUUUGAAAAAAUAAACCUUAACCUUCCUCUCCCCCUUUCUUUUUCGACUCCCUCUCCCUCUCCCCCUUUGUCUCCACAACCACCACCUUCUCCACCAUUCCUCUCCUAACCCCCACCGUCUUCUUCCUCCUCCUUAUCCUGCACCCCAACCCAGACCCAGACCCAAACCCAAACCCACCAUGUCCUCACCCACCGAACCCAUAUCUCGCAAGUUCCCACCGCCCUCAACGCCCAAUCGGACCCAGGCACCAAUUAGGGAUACUUUCAUCGUUUCUUUGCUUUUUCCGUUGUCGUUUUGUAGUUGGUUGGAUGCGUUUCGGAUCUCGAUCUGGAUUCUGGAAUUAUGGAUACUCGUAAAAGAGGGCGGCUUGAAGGUUUUGGCUUUAACUCUAAAGGCACCUUCAAGAAGAACAAGCAAGGUGCGUCUUUUCUUUUCUAGCUCAAAUCAACUUGUUUUUGGGCUAAAGAUGGGUCAUAAGAUAAAAGAUAUUAACAAGAAGCUUAGUGAAGUUGCAUCUCGUAGACCCAAUGACUUAAAAGAUAAUUGUGUAGAUACACACUUUAUAAUGAGAGAGAGGGUCGGUCACUCAUUUGUUCCUAAGGAAAAUAUUAUUAUAGGGAGAGGUGAAGAUGAAAAGGCAAUAAUCCAACUUUUGUUGGAUCCCAUAUCAACUGAGAAUGUGUCAACCAUUUCCAUAGUUGGAUUUGGAGGAUUGGGGAAAACUGCACUUGCCCAACUCAUAUUCAACGAUGAUGUGAUUCAAAAUCAUUUUGAGUUGAAAAUAUGGACAUGUGUCUCUAACGUAUUUGAGUUGGAUAUAGUUGUUAAGAAAAUCCUUCAAUCUGAACAUAAUGGGAUAGAGCAGUUGCAAAAUGAUCUUAGAAAAAAAGUAGACGGGAAGAAGUACCUACUGGUGUUGGAUGAUGUGUGGAAUGAUGAUCUGGAAAAAUGGCUUAGCUUGAAGUGUUUGUUAAUGGGUGGGGGAAAAGGUAGUAGAAUACUAAUUACCACUCGUAGUGAAAUUGUUGUGACGAUAUCAGACACAGCUAAACCAUACAUCUUAAGGGGUUUGAAUGAAGAGCAUAGUUGGUCUUUAUUUAAGAAAAUGGCUUUUAAAGAUGGAAAAGAGCCAGAGAAUUCAACAAUUAAGGCAAUUGGGAUGGAGGUUGCAAGAAAAUGUCAAGGAGUUCCACUCGCUAUAAGGACGAUGGGUGGAAUGUUGCGCACCAAAGAUCAUGAAAUAGAUUGGUUGAAUUUCAGAGAAAAGAAACUUUCAAAAAUAAGCCAGAAAGAAAAUGAAAUUUUACCGACACUUAAACUAAGUUAUGAUGUGCUCCCAUCACAGUUGAAACAUUGUUUUGCUUAUUGUAGCAUGUUCCCACCUGAUUAUGAGAUCUCUGUACAAAGAUUGAUUAAACUUUGGGUGGCGCAAGGGUUCAUUAAGUCAUCCGACAAAAACGAGUGCUUAGAGGAUGUUGCGUAUGAAUAUUUUAGGGAGUUGUUGUGGAGAUCGUUUUUUCAAGAAGAACAGGAUGAGUUUGGUAUAAUAAAAAGUUGUAAAAUGCACGAUCUCAUGAACGAACUUGCAAACUUUGUGUCGGGAGACAGAAGCGCCAUAGUUGAUCUGAACCAAAAGAAUUUUCAUGAAAAGCUUCAUCACGUGUCUUUCAAUUUUGAUAUUGAUUUGUUGAAAUGGGAAGUACCAACUUCCUUGCUAAAAGCAAAUAAGAUACGAACUUUUCUUUUUCCUUGCCAAAUUCCUUUCAGAAAUAGAGAUGGGUCAUUAUGUGAUUCAUUUUGUGCUACAAUUGUUUCAAAUUUUAAGUCAUUGCGUAUGUUGAGUCUCAAUGAAUUAGGAAUUACAACAUUACCUAAUUGUCUUAAAAAGAUGAAACAUUUGAGAUAUCUUGAUCUUUAUGGUAAUCCCAUCAAGAGACUUCCAGAUUGGAUAGUUGGACUUUCGAAUUUGGAAACACUAGAUCUCAGUUGGUGUUCUAUGCUUGUGGAAUUGCCUAGAGACAUUAAAAAAAUGAUCAACUUAAGGCAUCUCAUCUUGGAAUGCUGUUGGGGAUUGACUGGAAUGCCACGUGGAAUUGGUGAAUUGAAUGGUGUUCGUACAUUGAAUAGAUUUGUUUUGAGCGAAAGCAAUUGUUUGGGGAGGGGCGGUAGUGCUGGUCUUGCUGAGCUGGGGGCCCUUAACGAAUUAAGGGGAGAGUUGGAGAUAAGGAAUUUGAGGCAUGUGGUGUCAGAAUCAAAUGUUGGUACACCUCUCAAGGACAAACAGCAUCUCCAUUCGUUGGAAUUGUGGUGGAAAGAGGAAGAAGAUGUAAAGGCCGUUGAUGAGGAGGAUAUUAUAAAGUCAAUGGAAGUAUUGCAACCCCAUUCUAAUCUAAAGCAGUUGUCCGUGUAUAACUAUAGGGGUGUGAGGUUUGCGAGUUGGUUUUCUUCUCUCAUUAAUAUUGUUAAUCUCAAAUUGAGUAAUUGUAAGAGAUGCCAACAUCUUCCACCCUUGGAUCAUUUGCCUUCCCUUAAGAAACUUGAACUUCGAAGUUUGGAGAAGUUGGAGUACAUAUCAGAGAAAGAGAGCAGUAAUAGUAUGAGUGAUGAGAUGAUGAGGAUCUCAUUCUUUCCCUCCCUGGAAAAUCUCUUUAUAUCUCAGUGCCCUGUUCUGAAGGGAUGGUGGAGGGCCCAUACUCAUAACACUGCUUCUUCUUCAUCAACGGAAAAUUUGUCCUUGCCUUCUUUUCCCCGUCUUUCUCGAUUGAUUGUCAGGAAUUGUCCUAAUCUAACUUCCAUGCCUCUGUAUCCAAAUGUGGAGAGCAUAGAACUUAGGAAUACCAGCUGGAAGGUUGUUGAAUCCUUGUUUGUUAGAGGAGCAUCUGAUAUUACACAUGAUGUUGGUGUUGAUGUUUCUGCCUCUUCUUCUUCCCCUCAUCUCUCCAAAUUAACACAUCUGUCACUCUGGGGAAUUGAGGAUUUGGAAUUUAUACCGUUGGAAGGGAUGGGCAAUCUGACGUCACUUCAGAAGCUUGUAAUUGACCAUUGCCCAAAUUUGGCAGCACUACCGGAAGGGAUCGCUAACCUCACAUCACUCCAAUCACUUUCCAUUGGAAACUUCCCAAAUUUGGCGGUACUACCAGAAUGGAUCGCGAACCUCACAUCACUACAAUCACUUUCAAUUGAAAAUUUCCCAAAUCUGGCAGCAUUACCAGAAGGAAUCGUCUUCCUCACAUCACUCCAAUCGCUUAGGAUUGAAGAUUGCCCAACUUUGGCAGCACUACCAGAAGGGAUCGCCAACCUCACAUCACUCCAAUCGCUUAGGAUUGAAGAUUGCCCAAAUUUGGCAGCACUACCAGAAGGGAUCGCCAACCUCACAUCACUCCAAUCGCUUAGGAUUGAAGAUUGCCCAACUUUGGCAGCACUACCAGAAGGGAUCGCCAACCUCACAUCACUCCAAUCGCUUAGGAUUGAAGAUUGCCCAACUUUGGCAGCACUACCAGAAGGGAUCGCCAACCUCACAUCACUCCAAUCGCUUUCCAUUGGAAAUUUCCCAAAUUGGGCAGCACUACCAGAAGGGAUCGCCAACCUCACAUCACUCCGAUCGCUUUCCAUUGGAAAUUUCCCAAAUUUGGCAGCACUACCAGAAUGGAUCGCCAACCUCACAUCACUCCGAUCGCUUUCCAUUGGAAAUUUCCCAAAUUGGGCAGCACUACCAGAUGGGAUCGCCAACUUCACAUCACUACAAUCGCUUUACAUUGAAAAUUUCCCAAAUUUGGCAGCACUACCAGAAGAAAUAAGCAAUCUCACGUCACUGCAUUACCUUCAAAUUACUCAUUGCUCUAAUUUGGCAUCACUGCCAGAAGGGAUUCGUGGACUCCCCUGUUUAAAUACAUUGUACAUUUAUGAUUGCCCCAAGUUACUCCAAAGAUACAAGCAAGAAAGAGGUGAGUACUGGCACAAGGUUGCUCACAUCCCAUACCUUAUUAUUGAUUAAGAUGACAUGCUAUGUGGAUAAAUGAUUCCGUCCACACUUCUGCUUUCUCAUUGAGCAACACUAGUUCCACGGUGAAGUGGGUGUUCAUCUAGCGCUUUUUGUGAUGUAGUGUUGUGAAGAUUGUGACGGAGCAAAUACUUUCGUGGCCCAUGGCAGGUGCUAAACUUGAUAAUUGUGGAUAAUGGUCCGAAUACAACAGAUUUGGGUGAUGCAUGGUUCUUAAAUUCUCCAGAAGAAUCGCUGGGAUUCAUCCUUGCAGAUGAAGGUUUCAAUGUAUGGGUAGGGAACGCGCAUGGAACACGUUGGAGUCAUGAUCACACAUCUUCAUCAGAAGAGAAUAAUGUUUAUACUUUAUUUUAGGAUUUUUAGGAUUGGAGUUGGCAGGAAUUGGCUCUAUUUGAUCUAUCAGAAAUGAUGCGCUGCAUAUAUUUGACAACAAGCUCCAAAGUCUUUGUUGUUGGACGUUCACAGGGAACAAUCAUGUCUUUAACUGCUCUCAGCCAGCCAGAUAUAGCAGAACUAGUUGAAGUUGCCGCUCUUUUCAUCCAAUAUCAUACUUGGAGCAUCACUUCUAAAUUUGCACCUAAAAUAGUCAACAUAUAUGUUGAUCAGUGAAUGGGACGUCAACCUUUUGGAUUCAAUAUGUGAUGGCCAUGUUGACUGCUUUGUGUGGUUGUAUAUGAUUUUGCUUUUGAUUGUCGGGGUUUAGGUACUAUGUCCCCUACUGUAUGUUUUUUAUUCAAGUAAUAUAAUAUGGGCGUGAGGGCCUAGCCCCCCAGCUUCGACUGGGUUCCAGCCCUCGUUAAAUGUUUCUUUUCAAUAUAUGUUGAUGUAUUGAAAAAAGGCACAUUUUGAAU